AUGUCACCAGUGAUACAUUGCAUCCGCCAUGGACAGGGCUUUCAUAACAUUGGGGCCGGAUGUUACACUCUUCCUGAUCCUCACCUGACUCCCUUGGGUGAAGAGCAAUGCAAAACUUUGCGUAAAACAGCCUUCUCAGAUCAGUCAAAGAUAUCUCUUGUUCUUGCUUCUCCGCUUUGCCGAACACUUCAAUCUGCUCAUCUCGUAUUUCAACCAGCCCUCACGACGAGCAGCAAGUGUCACCCCGAGAUCAUUGCUAUCCCUGACGCUCAAGAAACCUCAGACGACCCUUGCGACAUUGGAACUGAUCCUUCAGUCCUCCGCAGAGUGGUAAACGAGAACAAAUGGCCGGUCGACCUCUCUCUCGUCGAGGACGGCUGGAACGUAAAAGCUUUGGGGACUCGCUACAGCCCAGAAAGCCACGCAAUAGCAGCCCGCGCCCGCGACGCUCGUAUCUUGAUUCGACAGAAGAUCCGACAACUCAUCGAGCAAGGCGACGCCGACCCUCAAGUUGCGCUCGUAACGCACGGGAGUUUCCUACACUACUUCACCGGGGAUUGGGAGGACUCAUGGCUGAAACCUGCGACCGGAUGGCAGAACUGCGAGACUCGAACCUACACAUUCAAGCACGACCUGAUGGAUGAUAUGGAUUUGGAGGCUAGGCUCAAUGAGACGAUGGAAAGCCGACUAAGGAGGGGAAAGACCGACCCUAUGCCGGCUGAGGAAGAGCAGUCAGCCCUAUUUGAGCAGGCGAUGGACAAUUGGGAGAAACAGGGGCUGCAAAGACCUGACAGAAUAGGACUCGAUCAUAAAGCGGGCGUCCUUGCUUGA